AUGAUAGGAGUUCAUGUGCUAAUAUGCCUAGAUGCUUCGUCCGAGCAGUCCAGAUACUCAACCAAGGAAUAUGUGAAUUCGAUUCUCGGGAAUAUCAACAUUCCAUGCCCACGGCUCGAGUGCCCAGCACCAGAUGCUAAACGGUAUAUUCCCAUUCGGGAGCCUUCCUCUGAAAGACCAGGAAUCGACUACAUCUUUGCCGUACGGGUGGUGAACAACCUGGACCAGCUGCCCACACUCCUCGGCGCCGUUCUCAAUGCCAUGUACUACCUAGGACCAUACCGUUGCGCCUUGACAGUCAUUAGCAGCGGCUGGAGACCACAUCUGGACGAUGUGCUAGAAGAAUUGCACCUUGGGCUCAACCACAUAGGUGCAGUUUACAACUACACCUCGUUCGCCUACGGCCCUCGCGCUUAUAAACAUCGCAAUCAGGCGAUAGGCGCUGUACGUCAUGCUAGGAAAGAGGUAUCAGAAGACGCGACGAUUGUCUUCCUGGACGACGUGGAUAUUUGUAGCGAGGAUAUUCUUGAGUUGAUUCUCCAACGGGAGAAUCUGGGAGCCGACAUGACAUGUGGUAUGCAAUGGGCUCCUAAUAAAUCCAACGGCAUCCCCUUGUUGAAGAAUGACGGAACUUGUCGAGACAUGCAGGGAGAGAGAUUCGGUCACGUCCCGCCUGAGAAGUGGACCGAGGGGACGGAUGUGAAGGAAUACUUCUGGAAAUCCUCCAAAGACCAAGCUCGAUUCAACGAGAAGCGACCUUUCCAGGUGUUUUCCUGCUGGGGCGGCGCAGCAGCAUUCACGGCUUCUACUUUUACUCGACUCGAGCAGAUAUUCAGAUUGCCGAUAAAGGGAGCAGAGUGCACCCAGCCGGACACGAGACUAUUCUGUAAAGACAUGUGGUCCCACGGUCGAGGAAAGAUUGCAGUAGUCCCCAGCGUCAACGUUGCCAGACGCCAGGACGACGACUUUGAUGUCAAGAAGAGCAUAGGGUACACUUCAGAUCUGAUACGGGGACAGGGCCCCAAGGGGGAUCGGAUCGCUUGGGCGAAGGAGCCGCCUAAGGAAGUGGUUUGUUCCAACCACAGGCGGGAGGCUUGGGAUGCGGGUUUGCCUUUGGAUGAUCCGUGGGAUUAUGAGUUGCAGGAGGAGGUUUCAUGA